GGGAGGACUCCAUGUCCCAUCACACUACGCGGCGCUGGGAGGGGGGAGUAAGAGAAGGGGCGGAGCCAGCAGCGGGCGGAGGCGGCUCAGACACACUCAGCGCAGAGACACGGAGGAGGAGAGAGAGCCGCGGAAAAAACGGGGAUUUACCGGAGAACAGUAAAGGCGCACCGUGUAAUCCCAAGAACAAGCACCCCCACCGGAGUGUAUAGAGCAGCGACCAAUCGAAGGGAGGAGCAAAAAGGGCCUGGGGGAAGGAUAGAGAGAGAGAGAAAUCCCCGUGUGUGUGCGCGACUGGGGUGAGAGCCAGAAUCCUCGCACGGGCAGCCGGGACUAUCUGGACUACAGUCUUAUAUCUGGGGGUGCCGCCUGGGAAUUGCAUCACCGAGGUCGAGAGAUGAUGUGACUAUGCUGAGCGUGACGGGAGCCGGAGCAGCCAUGAGUGGCCGAGAGGAGCAGGAGCCGGCGGGGAGCGAUCUUAGCCCUACAGGCCUUGGAUCCCCAGGCUUGGAAAAUGGGGAAGUUACUGUUGAAAGGCGAUCCCUGCACUCCAAGGAAACUGAAAGAAACCGCAGAGUGACCCUGGUCUGCAGACACCCACGAUCAAGAGACACCAAAUACAGUGGAAGGAGUGCAAAACUGAAUUCCUCUUUGGCCCACUCGGAACCCCAUCUCUGCUCAUCGCAAGAAGAUGAUUCACAACCUCCACGUAAUGAGACCUGGAGCCGUGCCAACAAGCCACUCUGCCGCCCAUCAGCAGGCCCCCCCAGACUGGGAGUAGAUGGAAUAAUCGCUUUGUUGAAGAGCAAGUGUGGUAAUGGACGUGUAAACCUACAACCUGUAGUGAGGUUGAUGGACAUCAUGAAAGAUCUCAGCCAACUGUCCAGUGAUCUACGAUCUAGUGGAGUACGUUUGGAUUGCACCCAUGUUGCAAGCUCACCUUCGGACUCAGAGAAUGCAGAACCUGGAUUACAGUAUAGUUUCUUCUCAUCUCAGAGUUUGGCUUGUGGUCUAAGAAGCCCUGAGGAAAAGUUCUCUGAGACUGUGGAGAAAGAGCCAGUUCCUGUUUCUGCUAACCCAGACUCGAUGGAAUCUGCCAGUUCAGAAGUCUUGAGAGAACUAGCAGCUCUAGCUUGGAUGGAACCUCAACAAACAGAAAGUGAAGGAGAGAGGGAGGAGAGGCUUGGGUGGAGAUUGGAAGAGGUGGAAGAAACUAGAUCCCAAAAGGAAGAGGCAUCAAAAGAACAUGACCAUAGGGAAAUUGAAAAUGUGGGGUCUAGGGAGGAGCAUCUCACUAAACAGAAAGAUGAUGAGUCAGGUGAGGAACCAGAUGAAAGUAAACAUGAGAGUGAGUCAGGGGAGGAACAAGGUGGAAGUAAGCAGGAAGAUGAUUCUGGAGAGGAGCAAGAAGACCCCAGACAAGGAGAGGAAUCAUCUGGAGAUGAUCAGGAAGAGAAUAAACAAGAGGACUCAUCUGAGGAAGAUCAGGCGGAAAGUAAACGGGACGAAGAGUCCUCUGAGGAUGAGCAGGAUAUAGAGGCUGGGGACAAUGAGGCAGAAGAGCCAAAAGAUGUCAAAAUGGAGGAGCAGGGUGAUAUAACAUUAGCCCAGGAAAAUCAACUUAGUUUGAAAGAAGUGAGUAUAACUAGACUGGAUUCUGAUCUGAAAGAACAGUCAUCUGAUGAGGAAAGCAGGGGAGAUAAGGGAAAACACAAAGAGAAAUCAGUAGAAAGGGAAAUUCUCAUGGAGACACAAAUGGAGCAGUUACCCUGGAUGCUCCCGCUCUUUUCUCCCUCAGUUGAUAACAUCAGAAGAAUGUCCUUUUCUCACCGUGGUAGGUUUGGGCACAGAGGACGCAGGGGUGAUAGGCCAGGUAGAGGACGAAGAAGAAGACCAGGUAGGCCACGAUCUUCAGAGAGCCUUUCACGAGCGUAUGUGAUGCCACCCUACCACCGAACCUCUGAAGAGCCAAGGGCAUAUCGGCUACAUGAACAAAACUUACAUUUUACACACUCCAUUAAUCAUCCCCCAACCAUGGAAACACCUAAAGAAGAAGGUCCCCCCAAAAAGCCGAAGCGCAAGGGAGUCCGUAAGAUGGUGGUUCGGAUUGCAAAAAUCCCCAUGCCUAUGGGUAGGAGAAACAAAACAAGCUACAAAGUGUCUUCUAUCAGCAGUACAUUGAGUGUUGAGGGAGGAGAACUGAUAGGUGGAUCUGGCCCAGGUCCUACAUCACUUCUCAAAAUGAAGAAUAAUGGGCGCAAUGUUGUCAUGGUGUUUCCACCUGGUGAACUCCCCAUCAUUCUUAAAAGGAGGCGAGGAAGGCCUCCAAAAAAUCUUGUGUUAGCACGUGAAACCCCCCCAAUGCUGCUCCAGCCUCCCCCGAAAGAACAAGCAGCACUGCCCCCUCCAACUUCCAAGCCUCCCACACCACUACCAGAGGGUGAAAUGGUGAAAAAGCGGAGGAGAAGGAAACAGAAACUUCCAUCUCCCCAGCCAUCAUAUGUGGCAGAUGCCAAUGACAGCAAAUCUGAAUAUAGCGAUGUGCUGGCAAAGCUUGCUUUUCUCAACAGACAAAGUCAAACGGCUGGGCGCAAUUCACCUCCCCGCUGCUGGACUCCAACACUGCCAGAGUCUGUACACCAAGCCCCUGACACUCACAGCAUUUCACAGUUUCUUCACAGAGUGCAGGGUUACCGCAGAAGAGGUGGGCGUGGUGGUGGCCCUGGCCGGCGAGGAGGAUGUAACAGCCAUAACCCAGAGUUGUCCCGUUGUUCCUUCAGUGACUUUUUUGAGGGUAUUGGUAAAAAAAAGACCAAACCAAGGUCUGUUGACCCUCUUAAGCCACGGAAACGGAGACAGCCACGAGCUGAGCCAGAUCCCAGUGCUAAACCCAAGCGUAAGAGGAGAUCACGUAAGAAUGGUGCUCUUCUUGGUGAAAUGGGUGGAGAGUGUAGUUUAGGCUAUCAAGGUACAUCUGAGUGGGGACCUGAAGGUAAAGGAACAUCAUGGCCAGCUCAGCUUUCUCACAGCCAGUCAGGUGGUAGACACUGCAGUUAUCAAGGGCAUGAAAACAGGGGAUUUUCUGCAAUGCACAGCGGAUCCCCUAACAGACCCAGUUACUAUGCAGGAGCUGGAUCAGUGUCCCAUGCUGAGGGUGGAGGGCAGGACCGCCACAGCCUCUUUACUGGGUAUUUCCGCUCCCUCCUGGACUCAGAUGAUUCUUCUGAUCUUGUAGAUAUUGCCACAGCUGCCCAGAGACAAGAAGCCCGCAAAUCAGCAUCAGUUUUCUCUGGAUCAUCUUCUUCUCCUAACACCCGAGCACUUCAGUCCUAUCCCAACUCCCGGGGCACUAAAGCCAGUGCUCAAGAAUCAGCAUACCAAAGUUCAGCACCAGCCAGGCAGCAGUUUCCACCAAGUCGAGGUUCAUCAAAUUAUGCAGCAUUGAAUCAACAAGACUGCCAUGGCUCUGAUGCCUUUCAGAAGCUGGUGUCUCGCUCACCCAACUCUCAUCAUGCUGGAGGUUUUGGCCAAUAUAGUGGUUUCUCCGGAAGUGCUGGUCAAAGUCUUUCCAGCCAUGGACUUUUUGCACCCAGCAAACAGUAUCCCUCUGGACCCACAGAUUGUACAAGCAACAAGGACUGUAGUUUCUCAUUCAGUGGAGGUGGUAACAGCCUCCCUUCAUCACCAGGCAGUGCUCACAGUGGCACAGGUUUCAGCCAGCAACAGCAACAAUUGCCUGUUGUAGGAUCUGGAGUCAACAUGUGCAAAAACCCCUUCUUUAAUACAUCAGAAGUACCCCCCUUUCUCCCUCUUAGGAGCGAGAGUCGAUCAGGCACCUCCUCACCUGCCAAUUACAUGUUGCCUAAAGCUGCUGGAUCACUCUUCCCUGGGGAAAAUAGUCGUACCUUUCCAGGGACUUCAAGUCAGUGGGGUUUUAGGCAGGGUUACAGCCAGACAGAUUGGGGACCUGAUAGUUUUGGACAGCUGUAUGGUUCUAAUUUUGAUUGUCACAUGACAGAGUCCAAUGUUAUCUUAGACAUUAGCAACUAUACUCCUCAGAAAGCCAAACAGAACACAGACAACAUUUCUGAAUCAUCCUCUGACAGCACACAGUACACACAGCCUGCGACUGGCUAUCGCAGGGCAAACAGUGAGGCCUCAUCUAGUGAAGGGCAAUCCAGUUUAUCAAGCUUAGAAAAAUUAAUGAUGGAUUGGAAUGAAACUUCCUCUGCCCCUGGAUUCAGCUGGAACCAGAGUGUUCUCUUUCACCAGACUGCUAAACCUGGUCGGGGGAGAAGGAAGAAAGCUGAUAUUUUUGAACCUUCACACCCACACCACCAUCACCUGGGCUUCUCCUCAUCCUCUCCUUCUUCCUCCUCUUCCUCAGCUGCUGCUCCCCCAACAGGCUUUCCCAAUAAACGAGGCGGUCCGAGAGGACCAAGAGGUGGUCGUGGUGCGGGCUGUUCCACAAACAGGAAAGAAAGAGGUUCAGGAAAGGCUAAAUUUGUCCCAAAACCACCUGCUCCACCUCCAUCAUCCUCUGUGGGCUCUAUGUUCCAGGAGUCCUCAGACCUAGGAUUGGACUGCUAUAGUGGAGAUAGUAGCAUGUCACCUCUGCCCUCCCACUCACGGGCAUAUGGUGUAGGUGAGCGAGAUCCCCCUUGUGACUUUUCUGGACCUUAUUCCAUGAACCCCUCUACCCCUUCUGAUGGCACAUUUGGUUUCCAGAGUGACUCCCCUGGGCUGUGCCCUCCCACAACAGAGCUAGAGCCUGGAAAACACUUCUCUCACCUCCCACCAUCCGGAAGUGCUGCCUCUGGUGCCCCACAUCCUCCUCCACCACCACCUGGCCUGGGUUAUGAACAUCCCAUGCAAGACUCUCCUUUUUCUCCCAACUGCUCCCCUACACUUGAGCUACGGCCAGGGGAGGGAAGGAAGCUAAUACCCUCUUCUCACUCAUCCUGUGAUUCCCUCAAACACAGUUUGCCUCCACACUUGCCCUCUUGUCGUGAGCAACUACCACCCCAACCCUCCACACAUCACCGCUAUGAGCCCCCCAGUUGCAAAAAUGCUGCCUACUGGUACCCACCUCGCAGUCCUCCUUAUGAUGGAAAAGGGGGCUUACUUUCAGACUUUAUGGGCAGGCGGGGGGAGGGAGCAUCUUGUCUGAGCCCUCAUAUCCCCAGCCCUAAAAGGGACAAAGAGACGCUGGACAUGAUGAGAGGACACCACAGAGCCCCAUACCCUUGUCCAUUGCUCAGUGAUAUCACUCAUUCCCCUGUGCAAAGAGACUCCAUGGUGCAACUACAGGAGACCUAUCGCUACCCAGCCUUUCCCCCCCAGGGACCCCCAGUUCUGUCCCCUCCCAACAUGAAGGGCGGGUUUCUGGGACCUGAAAAUAUUCCCGAAGACAACUUUACAGUCACCUCCCUUUAGUGGGGUGACAUGUCCGGAGUCAUCAAGCGCAGCAGAGGCCAGGGGGUGAGCUCAGACCCCUCCUCCCUCCACCGAAGCCAGAAGAAAUGCCGUGGGAUCUCCCUUCUGAGCCUGCACCCCCUAAAUCAUACGAGUGUGCUCUUCAUCUUACCCUUGAUCUCUGGGUCCCUUACCUUUUAUUCUUUAGUUUAUUUUUUUUCAGUUUUUUUUUGUUUUUCUUCCUCUUCACAAAACCAGCAAAAAUUGUACAUAAGAAAUUUUUUAAAUGUUGCAAAACUGUACAAAAAAAAGAAAAAAAAAAAAAGAAAGAUACGAAGGUGGGGAGUGUGUGUGUGGGGGGAGGGGAGGAGAGACUUAUCUGUUAUUCCCUCUUGGUCAGCCACCUGCAACACAUCAGCAUCUCUGUUAAAGAAAGGGUUAAAGGCCCCCACACCCUCAGUACCCAUAGUCUGUGCCACCCUCCCUCUCUCCCCCCCAUCUACCGGCUGCACUGAAAUUGCGUAUGUUAAAUCACCACCCUCGGCGGUUACAACUAUUUAUUGUAAAUAAGGAUUUCUCAUAAAUUGUGUAUUGUCCAAAAA